ACAGGAACAGGGACAGGAACAGGGACAGGAACAGGGACAGGAACAGGCCCAGCAAGAACUCUGCCACCGCGCCCGCCCGCCGCCGCCCCCGCAACCUAACCUAACCAUGACGUCCCCGCCGCCCGCCGAUGCGCUCCUACUACUACGAGCGUCGGUCGCAGCUUCCGUGUCGCCAGUGCUCACACCGACCAGCAGCCUGGACACAGCGUCGGCGCUGACGUUUCCGGCGCUAUUGCCGCUGUCGAGCGCGCCCACGACGAUCCCGCUCAGCACGCUGACGCGCUUCAUCAAGGACUCGUCGGCCGUCGACCUGCGCUCCAUCUUCUUCGCGUGGCUGCAGCGCGAGACAACUAUUACGGAGUAUAUCGCCUCCGCGCAGGCCAUGGGUGUUACUCACCUCGGCUUCAUUGAGCGCCUAGAGCUGGUUACUUAUGUCGAGGGCGGCCAGGAGGAGAGUGAUCAUAUUCUGCCGCUCGCGACGAGGGGUGCGGGUGCUGCUGGUGGUGCUGCUGGUGCAGAGGUGGGAAGGGGCGCAGGCGCAGACGGCGCGGAGAAUAGGCCCGGUGACGGCAAGAGCGGCGGCGCCAGUGCGCUGCUGGGCAAGGUUAGGAAUACGGACCCCAGGCUGCUGGAGAUUUAUGCCGGCGAGCGCGUCGUUACCAAUAGGAAUGUUAUGUUGAGGGGGAUUAAGCCGACGGAUUUCUCCCACGUACGGAAACAGGCUGAAGACUUCAUCUCGCGCCUGCGAGCCGCCGGCGGUAACAACGCCAACGCCAACGCCACCACGAGCAUCGGCAAGCCCAACCCGACCAACCGAAAGAAGCGACGGCAAGACCCGAUCAUCCUGCUGUCGCCGUCGGCCAGCUCGCUCUUGACGAUGGCGAACAUCAAGUCGUUCCUUGAGGACGGGGUCUUCAUCCCUACGUCGGAGAGCACGAGCACGCCGAGCAACUUCCUUCGUGUGUCGCGGCUGCUCCCCUCGAUCCACGCCAGCACGCCCAUCCGCUUCGACGUGGUCGACUCCGCCGACAAGUUCAAGCCCGAGUACUGGGACAAGGUGGUCGCCGUCUUUACCACCGGCCAGGAGUGGCAGUUCCGCGCGUAUAAGUGGGGGAAUCCUGUAGACCUCUUCCGCGAGGUCCGCGGAUUCUAUGUCGGCUGGGAGGGCGAAAUGGUCCCGGAUACCGUCAGGAAGUGGGGCGGCGUCCAGGUUUUUCAGGUCGAGAGAGGCCGCCGCUUCAGGGAUCGCGAAAUGUGUGAGAAGUUUUGGGAGAAUGUCGAGAGGUGGAUGAAGGUUAAGGGGUGGGGGGGUAGGUAGUAGGUAGUCGUAGGUAGUCGGGGGGCGGGGGCGUUUCUU